UGCCCCGAUUUUAUAUCUGCAUUUUAGUCUCCGUCAUUCGAUAUCUUCCAUCAAAAUGAGCAGUAGUGUGAUGCUUUUUGCCUGUUCAAGAUGUUUUUCUAGACACCCUUUUGAAGAGCUGUCUCCAGGCCAGCAGUUAUGCAAGGAAUGUAGAGGCACAUUUCCAGUUGUGAAGUGUACGUUCUGCCGCUCUGAGUUCCAGCAAACUAGCAAGGGAAGCACAAGCACCAUUUGCAAGAAAUGUGAGCAAAAUGUAAAACUAUACAGGAAGCCAACUGCUUGUGAAUAUUGCAAUAUCAUCGCAGCAUUUAUUGGAAAUAAGUGUCAACGUUGUACCAACUCAGAGAAGCGCUAUGGACCUCCUGUUACCUGCGAGCAGUGCAAACAAAAAUGUGCUUUUGAUAGGAAGGAUGAAGAUAAGAAGGUUGAUGGGAAAUUACUUUGUUGGUUGUGCACAUUAUCAUACAAACGUGCAUUAGCAAAGACUAAACAAAGUGUUCAGGAACGACGUGAACAUCAAAGAAUUACUCGAGAGCGUGAACGAGAUGCCAAACGACGAGAGCAGGCUGGAAGGCCACGAAGCCAUAAUAAAAGACCUCAACGGGCAGAUGUUACAAAACUGCCACCUCCUACUGAAAAUAAGGACACAAUGGAUGGGCCUCCACCAAAAGUUCCUCGACCUGCUGUUUCUCGAGUGGAUCCUCACGAUCCUGAGCAUGUUGUUGCUAUGACUCAACUUAAGGAAAAGAUUGUAUCCCUCAACAAGCAGAUUUCAAUGAAAGAUCAACAGCUGCUAACAAAAGACAAAAUGCUUACUGAGCUCAAAGCGAAACAUUUCACUGUGGAGAAUGAAUUGCGUAACCGUAUGCUUUCUAGUGAACGAGAAUUUAAGUCCAAGUCUGAAAUGAUGUCAGGCAAGAUUAAGAGUCUGCAGAAAGAAGUUGCCACUUUGUCUAAGUUGAAGUCCACUCCAAAGUCAGACAAGAAGAGAGUGGUUGAAAUCAAAGAAAAAGAACGUAUACGUACAAUUGAUCCUAAGGAAUAUUUAAGACAAAAGAUGAAGAAGGCUGAAAGAAAUGACAGUGAUCAGAAAGACACUGAUAAUGAUGAAAAGGAAGAGAAGAAGUCUAGAAAUACUAUAAGUGAUGACGAUGAUGACGAUGAUUCUAAAGAUGCAUCUUUCAGGGGUAGUAGCAUCAAAGAAGAAAAGGUUAGCAAAGAUGAAACUCAGAGAAAUGGAAACAAGGGGGAGGAGAAUGGAGAAAAGAAGGACCAGAGUGAUACAGUUACUAAUGAUAAUACAGAGGGCUCAAUAUCUGAAACAAAUGGAACUGAUGCCCAAAGCACAACUACCAUUGAAAGUGAAAGUAAAGAUUCUUCUAAAAAAGAGAAAGAAGACAGCAAGGACUCAGAUGACGAGUCUGUCAAGAAAGAGCGCUUUUCUGAUAGAGGAUCCACUAAAGGGGAUUCUGAUAAAGAAUCUGAUUAUGAGUCCUCCAAGAAAGGUCGAAACUCAGACAAGGAAUCAAACAAGGGGGAUUCUGACAAAGAAUCAUCCAAAGCUGACUCUGAUAAAGAAUCAACAAAAGGAGAUUCUGACAAAGACUCUACAAAAGGCUCUGAUAAGGACUCUGAUGAUGAAUCACCCAGAAAAGCUAAUAGCUCAGAUGAUGAUUCAUCCAAAAAGCGGCGUCAUAGUUCAGAUGAGGAAUCGCAAAAGAAAGGAAGUGAUAGCUCAGAUGAUGAACCUUCAAAAAAAAAUAGCUCAGACGAUGAAAAACCUAAGAAACGCAAACAUCUUCAAAAAAAGAAGAAGUUUAGAAAUGAUUCUGAUCGGGAGUCAGAUAAAGAUUCUGAUAAAGAUUCUGACAAGGAUUCGAGCAAGUCCUCUGAUCGAGAGUCUGAGAAGGAAUCUGACAAAGACUCAGAAAAGGAUUCCAACAAAGAUAGUGACAGCGACAGUGAUGCAUAGGAAUGAUAAUUUAAAAGCAGCUGUAUUUGAAUUUCUUUAUGUAUUCUAUUCAGUUGAAGUUAUGGUGGAAUCACACACAUUGUAUAGGAUUCAUGUAAUCAGUAAAUUUUUAUUUCAAUUCUACUUAAGCUGCUAAAAUUUUAGUAAAAUUCUGUUCUAUUUAUGUAUGUAACUUGCAAAUAUGGUAGUUGAGCACUCUUUUGUUCCUGGAAGUUUGCUUAUUAUGUGUGUGAAUGAAAUUUAUCAUGGGUAUAUAGUAAAUUAUGAGGAUGCAUUUGUAUUAUUGUUAUCAUUGUGUUCACUAACUCAUUUGCGGCCGCAGUUGAAAACAAAUAUUGGAUGAAGCCGGAAGCAUCCAUUAAGUUAUUUAUGAUAUCUGAAAUAGUGUGUCAUUAACUCUAUGCUCCCAUUACAACAGUAAACAGUAUUAUGUGAUAUUUUUAUGAUAAGACAAAAGCAUACAACUUGUAGAAAUUUUUAUUUUUAUUAUAUACAAUUGUAAUGUAUGAAUCUUUUUCUUUUGUCUUAACUAAUGUAAAAUAUGUAGCAUGGGUUUUUAUGCACUGUCUCAUUUCAGUAGAUAGAAUUAUUUAAUUAUCACCAGGUUAAGACUUCAGAAGGCUGUGCUCUUGUGCACGAUUAUUGAUUGAACUUGUGGAAAUAAAAAUUGUCUCAAGUUUUUGUUUCUAGGUGUACUUACUUUGUAAUAGUUACUCAAAAUUUUGGUGAUUAGUUUUCAUGCAAUUUUUAUCAAGCCAAUGACUGAGAAUUUCCUUUCGCAUUGCAAUGCAUGGGCUUGUUGAAAUAUGUUCUACAAAACCUUUACCAACCAAUGUAAAUCAGACUCAUGUAUUUUCAUGAUUAAGGUUUAAAUAUGUAAUGUACGGCAAGUGAACAUUUUGAGAUGGAUUGCUUGUAAAUUUUCCGUCUCAUAUAUACCAAUCUGAGGAUUUCAGCAUUAGUUGGCUUAACAGAAAUUCCUUCUGUUUCAUACUUAUGUUACUUUUUCUUUUUAUUCAGUCCUCUGAAGGAAAUAUCUUCCCUUGUGACUUUGUGGUGUUAGCUAGAUUAAUUAAUUUAUUUAUCUUAAGAGGUAUUUUCAUCAGGUUUGUACAAUACUUUUAACUUUUGUUAAAAAAAAAUAUUUUUAUUACUUUCAUGUUGUUAUGUAAGAUGAGAUCAAUGCUUUCAUCUUAUGAAUCUUUAAAUCAUUGUUUGGCAUUAAGAAAUAUCAAGAAUAUCAUAGAUGUUAACAUGAAUCUUUCUGUUGAAGUUUCAUUUUUUGUCAGCUGGCAUUUUAUCUCCUUAUCAAUCAAAGGUGUAGCGAUUUUCCAUUACUUAAUAAUUCAUUUAUUCCUUAAAACAAAUAUUAAAAAAAAAGUAAAAAAUCAUUGAAAUCAUAAACAUUAGUUCUAGGCUGUAGGGGAUUUGUUGGGUCUUCAAAAGCAGCAACUUUAAAAGCUGUGCCACAAACAAGGCAAACUCCAUAGUCAUACUAGAGAACACAACAUUAUUUUUGUAUUGCUUCAACCUUACAACGCAGUGUAUACUUUGAGACAUGACAUUGGAACUACCUCGUAACAUAUUCACAUCUAACUAAGCUGAUUUGAUGUGUAUGGUUGUUUAUUAUAUCUUGUGAGCAAAAUCUAUAAUAAAGUGUACUGCCUAAAA